AUGGUAAUACGACGCCUCGUCGUCAUCAGCCUCGGCAACCCGGGCGAGUUGCGCAACACAUACCACUCGGCCGGCCACAUCGUGCUCCAGGCUCUGCAGCAAGCCAUUGGCCCAUCACAGCCCUCCUUCGCGGCGCAGCGCAUCGGGAAGCAAAACACCCUCGCAUCAAUCGGGUCCCAGUACUCCCUCCUCCAGUCCCCCGCCAUCAUGAACGUGACCGGGCCGUGGGCGGCGCAGGCCUACCGGCAGCAGCUGGUCGACAACCGGCUCGGCGCCGAGGAGGUCGGGGUCGUGCUCGUGCACGACGACCUCGAGGAGGAGCUGGGGGUGAUCAAGAUCCGGGAGUGGAAGCGGAGCCCCCGCGGCCACAACGGCGUCAAGAGCGUGCACGCCGCGCUGGGCGCCAACCCCGCGGCGGGCAAGUGGGCGCGCGUCUCGGUGGGGAUUGGCCGGCCGGAUGCGAGGGACAAGGCCGCUGUGUCGAACUUUGUGCUGAGCAAGAUUCCCAGGGCCACGAGGAACGUCUUGGAGGAUAAUGGUAGCCGUGGGCUGUAUCAGGCGCUUGCGGAGCUGAACACCAAGUGGGGUGGUUAG